AUGGCCGCAUCAAUUGAAGAACCAAGAGGGAUCAUUCUGUUAUCGGUCGCAUACUUGGUCAUCACAACUAUUGUCAUAUUGAGCUUAUCCACAACGGAAACAACUCUUCUACUAAUUCUAUACCCGGUUUACCUGAUGUUCCGUCACCUCAACAUCUUCAAAUUCACGUCCAUCUUCUCUCAGCAUGACCAGGAGUUCACGGCUCAGCCUGAUCUCAUCUACAGAUCCAAACUAUCAGGCCAAAAGAUUAGACUUUUGAGAUUGCUACCAGGGCCUUCAUAUGCAAAAAUUCGAUGCCGGCUUGUUGUGGCAAGUUUGGAUGAUGUACCGUCGUAUGAAGCGAUAUCGUAUGUAUGGGGCCCGCCGCAGAAACGAGAACGAAUUGAAUGUGAUGGACAAGUCGCAUACAUCACUGUCAGUCUUGCGCAAGCACUUCGGAGACUGAGAUCUCGGAAUACACCGAGGACACUAUGGGCGGAUGGCAUUUGCAUCAAUCAGAAUAAUGUAUCUGAGAAAGGACACCAGGUCGAGCGAAUGGGCGAAAUCUUCAAAAGCGCGAGUAGAGUCGUGGUUUGGUUGGGUCCGGAUGUAGGUGGGGAAGUAGCCCAGGCUAUGGCGGUGAUUGAAUUCGUGCAUUUUAAGAUUCCCAACCCAGGACAUGGCGCAAAUUCGAUACAGAGACGUGGGGAUCCAACAAUAGAGAAUUUGGGGAGACUCGUUGAAAGCGAGAAAGGUAUCAAAGAUGCGUGGAAAGUGUUGGGUACGCUAUUCGAGCGGCAAUGGUGGCAGCGAAUAUGGUGUGUUCAGGAAGCUAUAUUAGCCAAAAGCAUCAUCAUCAUGUGUGGAGCAAACGAAAUAGACGGGCACCUUAUCGGCGUUUUCACACGCUGGUACCAUGGUCAAGGCUGGGCUGGACAGCAAGCACCGAAAGAUAUCAACGAUGCUGGUAUCAAAAGCGCAUACCGAAGACUCAACGAUUGGGCCUGGACAGGCACAGCUCUUGAAAUCCUCGACACCUUUAGAGGGCUGCAAGCCACAGAUCCCAAGGACAAAAUCUAUGCACUCCUCGGACUAUUUCAACUCGAACGCAAAGAGAACAUCUACAACCUAAACCUGAGUGUUGAUUACCAUAAGUCUGUCCCAGAAGUGCUAUUCGAUUCUAUAAUGUGUUCCGUACGAGAGGAGGGCAGUCUACACUUCCUUUCGUACAUUGAUCACCGUCCCGAUUUGGAAGACCGUGGCGAUUACCCGUCAUGGAUGCCGCGCUGGGACAAUGCACGCGAGCCGUGGCAAAACCACUUGUGGUGCCAUAAUAGUAGCAUAUCCGCGGGUAUUCGCAAUCGACCUAUGAGCUGUGACUGGACGUAUUCUGAGAAACUAAUACUCAAGGGAGUAGAAUUAGAUAGCAUCAGCAAGACCACAGACGUCUUUUGGACUACAGACGAUUCAAUAGGAGGCCCCCUUCGAGAAUGGAUCGAGAGCUAUUUACUUCGAAUCGAGAAACCUACCAGCGGCGACAUUCAAGCAUACCAGCGGUCCAUCAUCAAACUCGCGAUAACUCUCAGCGGCGGUUUCUUGAAAAAAGACGGUUGGGCAGAGAACCGCAUCUAUUUCGAGCGCCUGGCAGAAGACGUUGGGGAUCAAUAUUUGGCAGGCUUCUACGUCUUCAUGGAGAAAUACUUUCCCCAGUUCAACGUGCAGAAGAUGCAUGGUAUGGGCAGUUUCGAAGGUCGGUUGUACCAGUAUCAUUCAUUGGUCAGGUCGUUUUGUCGCGGCCGACGAAUGUUCGAGACCGUCAACGGAUAUAUUGGUCUAGGGCCCAGGAGCAUGCGAAAACAUGACAGUGUAGCUGUCCUCGAAGGGGGCAAAAUUCCUUUCAUUUUGCGGCCUCGUGAUGAUGGAGAUUUCUCGUUUGUGGGCGAGUGCUUUGUAUUCGACGUUAUGGAUACGCACCGAUUGGACGCGUUGGGGGGGUAUGGAUUCGAGGAAAGAGAGAUCGUCCUGCGAUAAUCAAUUCAUUAAUCUCUUGGAGCGUGUAUUGACGGACGGGCUAUUACACAUUAGUAGCAUUCCCAAUUUUCAAGAGGGCGCAUCAUAUCCUGCCCUAAUGCGACGGCUUAUGGUAGGUUCUCACACGCUGUGUAAGGACCCCCUGGCACUUUCCUCUUUGAAGUUGUCAGCCAACAGCCCCUUCCUGAACCCUUCAGUCAAGUUCAUAACAAGACCUUCUAUGAAAGGAAGCCGCGCGUCAUGACCGCCUUCGCGAAGUAUACGUCCACGACUUACUCUGACCAAACUGCACUUUGGCUGCUUAUACAAACACCUUCCGCUUUGCCAUUACGUCGCCUUGUUGAACCAGAAAAUUUGUCCUCGGCAAUGCCUGUGUCAUCC